AAGGGAAAAGCAAAGAUGCCAUGGUGAAGCCCUUUAGUCCCAAAUGGCUCCAUGGGCUUCGCCCAAUGCUGAGCACUGGUGCUGAAGGCAGGAGGCAAGUUGGUUACUGCGUUAUGAAACUCCCCAUCGCUUUAUCUCAACACAGAUUCUGAAACAGCAGAGUGCAACCACCAGCCCUACAAAGCUCUGCUCUGCCGCCAAUACAGUAUGGAAGCCAUCGCCAAGUUUGAUUUCACCGCUUCUGGAGAGGAUGAGCUGAGUUUCCAGGCUGGGGAUAUCCUGAAGGUUUUGAGCUCCCAGGAAGAGUGGUACAAAGCUGAACUCCGAAGCCAAGAGGGCUAUGUUCCUAAGAACUUCAUUGAUUUUCAUGUUCCCCCCUGGUUUGAUGAGAAGAUAUCCCGCCACGAAGCUGAGAGCAUCCUCAUGAGCAAAGGAGUUGGUUCUUUCAUUGUCCGAGCCAGUCAGAACUCUCACGGUGACUUCUCCAUCUCUGUCAGGCAUGAAGAUGAUGUACAACACUUCAAAGUGAUGAGGGACUCAAAGGGAAACUAUUACUUGUGGACAGAGAAAUUCUACUCACUGAACAAGCUGGUAGACUACUACAGGACAAGUACUAUCUCCAGGCAAAAGCAGAUUCUCCUGAGGGAUGACAGCCGAGAAGAGAAGGAAAGGCGUGGUGGGAGCCUGGAACGAAUGAGCCGGGAUGGACUGCAUGUGGGUGGAGCAGCUGGAGAAGCUCAUUCUUCUAUGUCCAAGAGAUACGUGGACCAUCCUGUCCCCGUGUUGCACCAGCAACAGGACAGGUAUGGGGGGAGCCUGGACAGGAAAGAUGCACUGCAUGGACUAAGAUAUCAUAGCCAAGGAAGUGCAGCAGCUAUGCAACGGAGACACACAGAUCCACUACACCAGCAGACACCGCGAAUACUAUGGGUCCGUGCCUUGUACGACUUUGAUGCUGUGGAACAUGAUGAGCUGGGCUUCCGCAGCGGAGACAUUGUAGAAGUCCUAGACAGCUCCAACCCAUCCUGGUGGAAAGGACGUCUGCGUGGGGAACUGGGUCUCUUCCCUGCCAACUAUGUCACACCGGUGCUACUGUGAGGCUGCAUUUGUGCCCCAGAGGUCCAUAUGAGAGCUGCUCGUCUGACAUGACAGGGACAGAGAAGGAAUGCAUCUUCCUUUGUCCCCAGGACAUUUGGUGGUUUUGGUUUUGUCUUAAUUUAUUGGCAAUUGAUCUUCUGAGAUGCUGGUGAGAAAGAGAACCCUCUGAAGGAUUUUUUUCCCUGUUUUGCAUGUUCAUGCCUGGGAGGGGAGCAAGAAUCCUGGACUGUUUAUUGAAAUCUUGCUGGAUCCUCCCUGCCCCAUCAUUCCUUUGGCUAUGUAUUGAUAACUUCCUGCACUUAGGUUUGUUCUGUGGAAAUGGCACCUCAGAGAAAUCAGGCUUUGGUAUCUGGGUAGAACCUACCCCAUUUAUUUUGGAUCUGGUUGCAUUCAUAGUCCACUCAGGCUCUGUUUCACCUUUCUUUCAGAGGCAGAACAAGUGCCCAGGUGAAUAAAAUGAUGACUGGUAAUCACAUUUCUUUUAGGUAGGGAUGAAAAGUCCUUAGGCUGAGGUGCAAGGCAACUGACUUUUCUAAAUAGUUUUUGGCUUGCAUCUCUAGCACUUUCUGUGGGCUUAGACUCUGUGGAUACCAGGUGAAGGGACGAAAUCCUGUAAGUUAUUGUACUUAAUGGUGAUGAAGAUACGGGAAGGGUGAGAAGCUAAUUUCAGUGCUUCUACAGACAGUCCUGCUCUCCUGCACUUCUGUCUUCACCCUAUUGCAACGAUCUGUCUCAUUUUCAAGCUGCUUUCCAAGGUACCUGUGCAUCCUUGUAGAUGUCCUGGUUAGAGCAGAUCAAGCCCUUCAGCUAAAUGAAUAUCCUCUGGAUUGAAUAACAGUGGGCAAGCCUUACUGGUUCCUUUCUAAAACUGAACUGGGGAGGGGCUGAGAAGAAGAGGUUUUUCAGGUUUGGUGCCAGAAGUUCUGUCCCUGAGAAGGUGGGGUGUUCUGGAUCACUGAGUACACAGCUCUGACUUGCCAGUGGAAUGCUUCAUGCAAAUCAUUGAGCUGUUACUUUACAGUAUGCAGAGAAUAAAGUUGCCGCCAUUGAAUA